AUGGCUGAAUGGCGUGGUGGCACCGACCUCCUGGAUUGUAUUGGACGCACUGAUAGUCAGGUAAAACAUGCAGGGUUUCGCGUGGAGUUGGGCGAGAUUGAACGUGCCUUGCUUUCGCAUAGAGACAUUCAGUCCGUUGUGAGGCGAGAUGUUGACCUCGUGGAUGAUAUCGAGCUCGUCCCUCAAGGGGAAGCCAACACAGAAGGACGCGUUUUUAUCACUGAUGUGACUGGCUUUGCGGGAGCUCAUCUUCUCCACCGUCUCAUGCAAAGACCUUCUGUGAAACAAAUUGCGCGUCUAGCACGUCGCAAGAAAGGUCUCAGUGCAGUUACUCGGAUCCAACAGACCCUGAAACGGUACGACCUAUGGCCAAGUGCAUUCGACCAAACUCAGAAGCUCUUGGUGUUGGAGGGUGAUCUGGCUGACCACGAACUUGGCUUGGGGACCGAGAAGUUCACCUGGCUGGCGAACUGGGCCUCAUAUAUCAGCAAUGUGAAAGGGACCUGCAACGCGCUCCGGUUAGCUUCCGCCGGUCGUCGCAAAGCAUUCCGCUACAUGUCAAGCAUCGACGCAUGGGGUCCAACUGGUGGUGUCCUUGGUACCAAAGAACUGUACGAAGACGAGCCCCUGGAGCGUCAUAUUGAUUGUCUUCGGUAUGAUUUGGGCUACUCGCAGAGUCAGUGGACGGCCGAAGCCAUGCCGGGAUUUAUUGUUGGUGAUAGCAAGACAGGGACGAAUAAUCCCGACAAUUUCUUCCCUCGGCUUCUGGUGGGAUGUAUCCAGCUUGGAGCAUUCCCGAGAAUUGAUCAGCGACUGGAAUACGUGACUGUUGGCUAUAUUAUCGAUUCCCUUAUGCACAUUGCAUCCGAUAACAACAAUUUAGGCAAGUCAUACAGCUUGCUUUCUCCAGAUGUGAGGCAAUCAGUCGAUGUAGAAGGAACCUGUGCUAUGCUCAAUAAGGCCGGAUACGAUGUCAAACUCGUUUAUUACGAGGAGUGGGUGGAACAAUUAUCAAAGAUGCCGGAAGACGGGCCCUUGGCGCCUUUGAUGCCUAUGUUCCAGGAGAAGGUGUUAGGUCGGCUGACGCGCUGCGAGGCAAGUUAG